AAACUGUUAGCAGGGAAAUGCGAGUAAACCCCGCGAAUCCCGCCAAGAGCGAAUUUCUUACUACUCGCAAGUUCCGCCGCGCCAUGUCCGCAUCAGCGCGCGCCGCAUCUCUCGCUUGCGCUCCGCUUCUCCGCUCCCGCAACAUCUGCACGCUUCCGCUAUCCCCUAACCUCGCUUUCUCCCCCGUCCCCUUUUUGCGCGCGUCUCUGCCUGCGCCAACUAGUACCACCUUCCGCGCACGCAUUCACGCUGCGGAAAGUCCGCAUCUACUGAGUCAGUCUGGGCGCGGCGCAAUAGUCGACCGUGUUUUGUUGCGCGGAAGCGCUCUCUCCCCACGCGUUCCGCCAGCGGCGGAAGGCUUGCGCGGAAUCUGCGGGACUUCACCACGCUUAGCCACAUCCGCAGCUGCUGGUGCCGCCCGUCGGGGGAGCCAUCCGCUGAAGGCGGUGAUGGCGCAAGCGGGGAAUGGUGGAAGCGGAGAGCAGGGGGAAGCUUCGGGGGAGCGGAAUGUUGCGCCGUUCGGGGCGUGGGAGUCCCCCAUCGGCGCGGAUAUGGCGAGCGGCGCUAGCCUGCGGUUCGGCGGGGCGAUGGUGGAUAGCGAGGGGCGACUGGUGUGGGCGGAAGGGCGGCCCACUGAAAAGGGUCGGGUGGUGGUGGUGAGAGAGGGUACACGUGGCGCAACCCCAUUGGACAUCUCCCCUCCCUCCAUGAAUGUGCGAUCUCGCGUGCACGAGUACGGCGGGGGGGCCUUUCUGGUCGCCCCCUCUCCUCCUCCUGCCACUUCGGAUGCCACGUCAGCAGGUUGCGGUGUGGAGGGCGAUCUGCUGAUCUUCUCCAAUGGAUCCGAUCAACGGCUGUACUCGCUCCAGCUGACAUCCAGCGGUCCAGAUGCAGCCGAGGCAUCCCAUCCCAAACCGCUGACCCCUGUUGUUGAGCCGCCUGGCACUCUGCGAUUCGCUGACGGGCGGCUGGACAUGCGGAGGCGGCGAGUGAUCUGCGUUCAGGAAGAUCAUCGCCCUCCAUCAGAGACAGCAGCACCCAGCGAAAGCAGCGGCAGUGGUGGAACAGAGGAGCAUGGGGGGCAUGGGGAGCCGAGUAACAUGAUUGUGGCAGUGUCUCUGGAUGGGGAUGGGCCGGAAGCUCCCCUGAUGCUGGCAUCAGGAGCUGAUUUCUAUGCCUCGCCGCGCGUCAGCCCAGACGGCACCCAGCUGGCAUGGGUGGAGUGGAGCCACCCGCACAUGCCAUGGGAGAGGAGCAGAGUGAUGGUCGGCACGUUUGGUGAUAGCGGCCUCCUCUCCUCAGUGCAGUGUGUGGCAGGAGCGGACGAUUCCAUAUUGGAAGCACCCAUGGAGCCCCUAUGGUCUCAGGAAGGCGAUCUCUACUUCCUCUCAGAUCGCUUUUCGGGCUUCUGGUCUCUGCACCGAUGGAACCCUGCAUCGGCUACAGUAGAGGUAGUUGCAGAGAUGCCGAAGCAAGACGGUGCCGAACUGAUGGUGGAGGUUGGGGGACCCCUCUGGGUGUUUGGCAAUGCGAGCUAUGCGUUUAUACCUGACAGCCCUCACCACGUCGCUGCUAUAUGCCAAGUGAAGGGGCAGUCUCAGCUGGCCAUCAUCAACACCCUCACUCGCUCCUUCACACUCACUCCUCCCUCCGACCCUCCUCUCACCCAGAUGUCACACCUGGUGGCUGGCAAGGAUCGUCUGUUUGUGUGUGCCGGCGGCCCCUCCACUCCCCUUUCCUUCUACGAGCUGAAGCCAUCUCCGGACAUGGCAUCUCUGCAUGUCCUCCUCCCCCCGAUCCGAGCAUCAACCGCCAUCGACACUGCCUCUCUCACCCCCUUCCUCUCCUCGCCUCAAUGGAUCGAAUUCCCCACCACCACCCCUGGGCAAGAGAACACCCACAGCGUAACCCCCCGCACGGCACACGCUCUCUUCUACCCGCCAAAGAACGGGAAUUUCCGGGGUCCUGAUGGAUCCCUGCCCCCCUUGCUGCUCAAGUGCCAUGGGGGACCCACGGGUUGCCUGGACUCCGCUCUGCGCCUGCCGCUUCAGUUCUGGACGUCAAGAGGCUUCGCUGUUGUGGACGUCAACUAUGGCGGCAGCACGGGUUAUGGGCGCGAGUAUCGGGAGCGGCUGCAUGGGCAGUGGGGAGUGGUGGACGUUGAUGAUGCAUGCAGCUGCGUUGAGUACCUGGUCCGUUCAGGGCUGGUCGAUGGCUCCAAGGUGGCGAUCGACGGGUCGUCGGCAGGAGGCUUCACCACCCUCUCUGCCCUCACAUUCCGUUCAGUCUUUAGAGCUGGGUGCUCGUUAUAUGGGAUUGGCGAUCUGGAGGCUCUGGCUCUUAUGAUGCACAAGUUUGAGAAGCACUACACCGAUACCCUUGUUGCACCCUACAGCACGCCUGAAGGAAAGCAGCUAUACCAGGACCGGUCACCAAUCAAGCACGUUGACAAGCUCGCAUGCCCUUUGCUGCUGCUGCAAGGACUUAAAGACCAGGUUGUGAGCCCUGACCAAGCCCGUGCCAUGCAUGCUGCAGUGAAGGCCAAGGGUCUGCCCGUUGCUAUUGUUGAGUUCCCAGACGAAGACCAUGGCUUCCGCAAUGCAGACAACAUCAAGGCAGCAUUGGAGAUGGAGCAUGAGUUCUUCUGCCGUGUGCUGCUCAAUCUGCCGCUUCCUCCCAGCAAGAGGCGGCUGACCAUUGCCAACUUCGAUGAGGACACCUGAACAGUAAUGGCCAUUCCUAGACCUCGUCACCUCGCAUCAGAGUCCUGAGUCCAGACCCACCUCACAUUUGAUGUACAGUACUGGGCGGUUAAAACUUUUGGCUCAACAGAGAGUUUCAGCUUGGUGCGUCACAAUUUUGACUUUAGGUGGGGUCUGACACGAGGGCUUUGGAAUUCGCUGACUAUUGUUAUUUGGUAACAUGGCAGGCAAAUUGAGUGUAUCCAAGCAGUGUGGCAUAGUGAAAGCUUCUCAGCCGACCA